ACGCUUGGCUCUUCCUCACGUCAUCGACCUACCUCAUACCCUUAACCUCUUAUCCACCUUUUUCCGGUCACAUCUCGCUCCAUUUUGCAUAUUGUUGUCGCUGGUAUCGUUGUCGACAUCGCGGCUUCUGUUUCUCCUGGUCUAUUACAUAGUAUAUCAUGUUGUGAUUUCGGCAGUUCUACAUCCAGUUCAGUGCCAGUUAUCUGGUGUAAUGGUGUUUGGCGCAUUGAACCUCGGCGAAGGGCGGGGAAGGAAACAAUCCUCAUGUGAAUUCGAAUAACUAAAGCCGUUGCUUUUCCACGGACCAGUCAGUCAUGAGACAAAAGAAUAUUCUCUCCAGGAGGCGAAAUCGAUGCAACGCAGUGCCAGCAGUUAGCGGGCAUCUCAUCUUUUUGUCCUGUUUCCAAAGAAUAUACCAUAUCAUUCAUGUGGAUGUCGCAUCUAUUGCUACGCCAUCUCUCUGCCUGCGUCUCUCUUGUCUCUUGCAUAUUUUCUGUUUUUAUAUUUAUCCACGCCCGCCUAGGUGCAAUCGGGCUCCCAUUUUUUCUUCAGUUCCUAACUGUAUUGUAUUUAAUCUUGGCCUCCUCGUCUUCUAUCUCUAUGGGAGGAGAGACAUGACUGCGCCUUUUGGAUUUUUCUUAGUUUGGGAUGGAAGCAAGUCUUUCGUCAAAGCAAAAUACGACUACAUACAUACUGCCCGCUACUAUUAUCUCCUGCCUAUGCGUCUUUAAGAUGAAAAUAUAAACAGAACAUUGGAAUCAGAAUUAAUUAGCAAGCAGGUGCCUAA